GCCGUCGUAAAGUGAUUGGGCUGCCUUGACGACAGUGUCGUGCGGGGAGCGGCGGGCCCGGGACAUGGCGCUGUACCAGGGGGCGGCCGCCGUCCUGGCGCAGGUGGCGGAGAAGCGGGGGUCCGUCAAAGCCCUGGUGUACAACAGCGGUCAUAAGAAUAUUAAGCAGCUCUAUGCUUUGGUGUGUGAAACACUGAGAUACACUCCUGUGCUGGAACACAUCAUUAGCAUGACAGACCUGUUGAAGAAGGAGAAGAAACUGCAGAUCAAUGUUGCCAAGGUACUGGUGUAUGACCUCCUGUUUGGGAAGGGCCUGAAGUGUGGCGGGAGUUGGAAGGUAUUGAUUAUGAAACAUCGUUCCCAGUUAAAAUCAGCACUGGCCAGACUGAAGGUAAAAAGAAAGGUUUGCCGCAACGAGGACCUCAUCGAAUCGAAACCUGGUACAAAAGAUUAUCAACUGCCUCGUUACGUCCGAGUGAAUCUGCUGAAAACCAAUGUGGAGGAUGUAAUUGACUACUUCAAACGUGAGGAUUAUGCUUACCUUGGGCAGGCGACGAAUGCAGCGGAUCUAAAAAAUCUCACUUAUAAACAAUUCAUCUCUGAUCCUCAUCUCCCUGAAUUGCUUGUUUUCCAUCCAAAGACCGAUCUUCAUAAACACUUCUUGUACACAGCUGGACAUAUCAUUCUGCAAGAUAAGGCCAGUUGUCUCCCGGGGCACCUCUUGAACCCUCCCAAAGGUUCUCAUGUAAUUGAUGCUUGUGCAGCUCCUGGAAACAAGACCAGCCAUCUUGCUGCUAUUCUUUGCAACAAAGGGAAACUCUUUGCGUUUGAUCUGGACACCAAGCGCUUGGCUACAAUGGGCACCCUGUUGUUGAGGGCUGGAGUUACGUGCCAUGAAAUGGCCAAUCAGGACUUCUUGCUUGUGGAUACUGGCAACCCUAAGUAUCGGGAUGUAAAGUAUAUUUUACUGGAUCCUUCGUGCAGUGGCUCUGGAAUUGUGAACCGCUUGAACCAUUUCACAGACGAUGAAGAAUCAUCAUCUGCACAGCGGCUGCAAGCGUUAGCAACUUUCCAGCACAAAGCCCUCAGUCAUGCGCUGAGCUUUCCAAGUGUGGAGCGGGUCAUUUACUCCACUUGUUCAGUCCAUCGUGAGGAGAAUGAAGAUGUUGUUGAGAAGAUACUGCAGCAAUAUGGAAACUAUUUCAGACUAGUUAAUCUGAUGCCCUCGUGGCCUUGUCGUGGUCUGGGCACGUUCCCAGAAGGUCCCAAGUGUCUCCGGGCCACACCCAGCGACACCCUGACAAAUGGCUUUUUUGUUGCCAUGUUUGAAAAGCAAAAUGGACAAAAUGAGAUGGAGCAAAACGGAGAAAGCUUUGUUGAAGGGAGUGUACCACUUCCAGCAUCCAGCCUUGCUUCUGUGGAGAUAAUGGACAGAAAUCCUGUGGCUCGCUCAUCACCUGUUCGACCCAAAAAAGUGAAACGGAAGAAAGUCAAGUCAUUGGUGUGAAGACGAGGGAGAAUGAAGAUGCUGGAAUCUAGGACAAUAAAACAGAACGCUACAAGAACUCAACAGGUCCAGCAGCAUCUGUGGAGGCAAAAGGUGCAAGUCAAUGUUUUGGGUCAAGACUCUGAAUUGGGACUGAGGGGAUAACAGGAAAGAUUGCCAGCAUAGAGCAGUAUAAAGGGGAUUGGGACAGAGGCCGGUCAGUGAUAGGUGCAACCAGGGGAGGGGAUGGGAGGGAUGAACAGAGGAAGAGGAAAACUAGGUGGCAAGGUGUGUGUGUGUGGGGAGGAAAGAGCACCAGAGGGUGUGCGUUACCCCCUUUGUCAAGUAACCUAGAUCCUCAGUGUUAUCCUCCCUCACACACCCCCUUCCACCAAAUUCUCUUUGUUCAUCCCUCCCUAUCUGGUUCCACCUGUCACUGACCAGCCUUUAUCCCAUCCCCCUAUGUACUGCUAUAUGCUGGCAAUCAUUCCUGUUCCCUCAGUCCUAAUGUGUGGUAUUGACUGGCACCUUUUGCUUCCACAAAUGCUGCUUGACCCAUUGAGUUCUUCCAGCAUUGUUUUAUAUUUUAAAGUCUAAUCAUUAGUGGAGCCAUGUGUAGAUAUUGAACCAGGAAUCUGAUGAGCAGAAGGACGACACCAGACUCUUGAGAUUUGUCAGCAAUGAUUUGGACUGAGAAACAAAAGUAUGAAUGGAACAGGGUAGAUCAUUUUGCUCUGAAUCUGAAAUGAGGUCCUUUUGGGCAGUGCAAACCAGCUAUCUUGAUGAUCAGCCUCUGUGAAGUUAAAGCAAUUAAGUAGUAGUGGGAUAUCAUCACCCUGGAAGCAAGAUCUAGUGGUACAUGGAAUGCACACAACCUCUAUUCAAACUUGUACCCUCAAGGCUUAGAGUGGAGAAAAAGGAACAUUGCAGUCGAGAAGGCUUGACUCAUGUAACUGGAACAUGUGCAAUAAGGGACAUUAUUUCUGUUCUUUUGUAUAUGGUUAAUUAAAUUGAUUUAUUUCACCUGA